AUGUCAGCAGAAAAAGAGGUGAAGGAAAAUGAGAGAAAGAAAGAUGAUUUGCUUUCUGCAGUAGAUAUCCUUCGAUCGAAAAAACCUGCUAAACUUGCCAAACAGACUGGAAUAGACGAGGAAGAGGAGAUUGAGGAUUGCAAUGAAGAAAGUGUCUCUAAAGCAAAUGAAACCGAAGAGAUUUUAUCUUCAGCUGUUCAGGAAUUGGAUGACACCAAGACACAAGAAACCUUGAAUGUCAUUGCACCUACCAAACAUAAAGUAUUGGUGCGUAGUCAAGCCGUUUGUGGUGAUGAUGAUUCCGGCGUAUCUGUUAGACAUACUCCAACGUCACGUUUGGUCGCUUCGCGUUCCACUUUUUCGUCGACUUCAUUCGAUUCUAAUCAUGACUAUACGGAUUCAACUGGGAUUAACUUGCUCUCUUUCAUUACCUGCACAUUGCAUAAAAAUUCAAAAGACCGACACAUGUUAUUACAACUUGAGCAGCACAUGAAGAAACUCAUUAAAGAUCCAAGGCUAGUAACUGAUGCAGCUUUCCGCAACUCUCAGAAAUUUCCAGCCAUGAGUUCGUAUAAUCGUAUGUUAGUACACAGAGUUGCUGCAUUCUUUGGUUUAGAUCAUAAUGUUGACCAAAAUGGUACUGCUGUUGUUGUCAAUAAAACAUCACAUACAAGAUUGCCAGAUACUGAGUUUUUAUCACUCAUACAAGGUAAUGUAUACACCGAUGGACCUUGUCAACUUGAAAGGGAUGCAAAAAGCUAUGAAGAGGGCCGGCAGUGUUUACAUACAAACGUACUGUUUGAGAGACGUGCACGUUCUUUUGAAAUGGGUGACUACUUACGAAGUGAUCCUGCAGCUUUCACAGUCGGCUGCACCUUUCCCCCUACUUCACCUUUUCAUUUGCAGUUACUUCAUCAGCAAGGAUCAACAUCAUCAACUGAUGUCAGCAGCAACAAUCUUCUUGAAUCACCUGGUAGUUGUUAUUCAUAUGGAGAUAUGCCAGUUAUGAGUGUUUAUCAAUCAUCAGAAGGUAACACAUUUGGCAGUAACGCACGUGGGUUUCUAUGGAGUAGCUCAGAAAGCUAUGCAAGUUCAUCGAAAGGAUUGAGCCUGGAUACAAAUGCACUAUCAUCUAAAAAUCUCUCUCCUCAUUCAUCAGUAACUGAACAACAAACCCUUAGCAAUCAGAUCAGUUCAGAUUUUCAUGAUGGACAAGCAGUUGUAAAAAGAGCUGCAAUAUUUACGAAUCGUUUUUAUCGUAGUUUACAUCCUGAAGAACGCAAUGUCGAAGUCGCUGUCUCUCAACAACAGAUGCAAAAUAUCUAUCCAACCCCACAUAUAUCUACUGACCUAAUCCCAAAUCCGUAUGUCGUUACCCCUGUUCAAGAGCAAACAACAUAUGCAUUCAUACCACCAUGUUUCCAUUACACUUCCCCGAAUUUGUCAGUUGUAAGUUUAAUUCCUCCUUCUAGAUUAGUGCAAAAAUUACCACAGCAAAUGAGUUCAUUACAUAUAACGAAUAGUCCCACUUCUGCUGUUCCUCUGCAGCCUUAUUUAGUUUCUCCAGUUGCGCACACUGUUUAUCCACAGCAAGUGAAUUUUCUUCCACUUUUAUUACAUUUCGUGUUGUUUAAAGUUUUACUGUCCUUCGUGCAAAUUAUUAAAUGUUAUGUUUGCAGUACCUGGUUCCAACCGAAAGAGCCGAAAGCUUGUCUUUUUGCAGUUUCGAAUGUUGCGAAUGUUCAAGGGAUUGGUCCCAUUCCUUUCACACCUUAUUCAGUUCCUAGUUAUGACUGUAAUGACCUUCAUCAAGGAAAUCCUGUUAAUAUAUUUGAUGUCACGAAAAGUGGGUCUGUAUUUGAAAGCGCACCUGCAGGGAAUUGUUCAAAGAUGACGCGAUUAAGGCUGCUGACCAAAUUUGUCAAUCGAAAUCCGCGAAACAUUGAACAACUUGGUUUGCAAGCUUACCCAGCUGGUUAUGAAUUAGAUAUUGAUAGGCAUAAGCAUUCAUUCAUUUAUAAGACGAAUUUCCAACGGCACCGGAAUUAUGUUGAGGGCCAUGUUGAGCACUAUAAAGAUGGUAUUGUGUUAAAAGUAUCUUCACGUGAACAGCAAAUAUCUGCACAACUUUACAGUCUUUCGGAUGUUUCUGCGUGUUUCAAUAUAGGCCGUAUUUUGGGCUUAAGAUGUACCAUGGCUGGCAUACAUUUUUUGCAAGCUAUUGAUCCAGACGUAAUAAGACGCAGUGAACACGUAUCAGCUUUUUCCGCAGGCUUGACUGAAAGCGGAAUCAAAUUUGGAGAACCGGAAGCAACUCCGAUCACUUUUGAAAUUAAUCCUGAGUUAACAUAUGACAGAUAUGAACUACUACAUACUCGAGAAGAUAACAUUGAAUAG